CUGUGUGUGGAUGUAAAGAAUCUUCUCUCUCCUAUUAUUUGAGUGGCUGCAGGUAUUGGUGUCUGCCUCUGUGCCAGAGGGAUAAAGAGAGAAAGACAGAGGACUAGUGCUUCAUAUCCCCCCUCUGGCCUCCCCAUCUCCCUGCUCCUUGUCACUCCAUCCUUCCUUCCCUCCCGGACCACCCGUCAGCGGCUUGAUCAACCCGCCUGGACCCUCCUCCCACAACCCCUUUGACUAUCCUCACUUCACCGUCCCGUCUUGUCAACUGUGUGCAGGAAUUUCUCAUUGCUUGACGUGGAAGCUUGGAUUUGACAGUGCAAUCAUAUACAAUCUUGGUUGGAUGAAAAGAAGAAAACCUUUAAAUAUAUUUUUUUAAACAAACCUCUUUUACAGAGUUAAAGUGACGAGUUGCUAAGGUGAAUUACACUGGACAGACAAAAUUCUCUCAAGUAUUCUGGAAGUGUGACAGCACGUGGUCACAUGACCUGGAAGGGAAAACCCAAGAGACUUCUGGGAUCCCUCUCUGAAUGGGCCAGUUAUCAACCUGGAAAGAAGUCUAAAGGCUGAUGAACUGAUCCGCACAGCGACACAGCUGCGCUCUCUUCCCCUAUUUGUCUGUCCAAUCUCUCCAUAUGUCCUGAGAUCCGCAACUUUCUGCAACUCUGGUGACUGGUUGGCUGCUGUACCAUCAUUCUCGUCCUGCUCCUUUGAAUUUCCUGUCACGUGACCAUAUUCCUGCUUCACCUCCACUCCUAGAAUGGAACCCAACAAAGUCCAGUCAGAGGGCGGCCUGAAUGUGACCCUGACCAUCAGACUUCUCAUGCACGGCAAGGAAGUCGGCAGCAUCAUUGGGAAGAAAGGGGAAACUGUGAAGAAGAUGCGUGAAGAGAGCGGCGCUCGCAUCAACAUCUCAGAAGGUAACUGUCCUGAAAGGAUCGUCACCAUCACUGGACCUACAGAUGCUAUCUUCAAGGCCUUCGCUAUGAUCGCAUACAAGUUUGAAGAGGAUAUAAUCAACUCCAUGAGCAACAGCCCAGCCACCAGUAAGCCCCCUGUCACUUUGCGUCUUGUGGUGCCUGCCAGUCAGUGUGGCUCUCUUAUUGGCAAAGGAGGUUCGAAAAUCAAAGAGAUGAGAGAGUCCACAGGAGCUCAGGUGCAGGUAGCAGGGGACAUGCUUCCCAAUUCUACAGAGCGCGCUGUGACAAUCUCCGGCACCCCGGAAGCCAUCAUCCAGUGUGUCAAACAGAUAUGUGUGGUCAUGCUGGAGUCCCCACCGAAAGGUGCUACUAUUCCCUACCGCCCAAAGCCCGCCUCCACCCCCGUCAUUUUUUCAGGUGGCCAGGUAAGAGCCGACCCGCUGGCGGCGUCCGCAGCCAACCUCAGCCUUUUACUGCAGCACCAGCCACUGCCUGCCUACACGAUUCAGGGACAAUAUGCCAUUCCACACCCAGAUCAGUUGACCAAGCUCCACCAGUUGGCUAUGCAGCAAACCCCCUUUACCCCCCUCGGACAGACCACCCCUGCUUUCCCUGGUCUGGAUGCAAGUCCCCCGGCCAGUACUCAUGAACUCACCAUUCCCAAUGAUCUAAUAGGCUGCAUAAUCGGGCGCCAGGGAACCAAAAUCAACGAGAUCCGUCAGAUGUCUGGAGCACAGAUCAAAAUCGCUAAUGCCAUGGAAGGGUCAUCAGAGCGCCAGAUCACCAUUACAGGAACCCCCGCCAACAUCAGCCUUGCCCAGUACCUCAUCAACGCAAGGUUCAGAGACGUGGCAGCCAUGUGGACUGACCCUUCAUCAAUGACAACAUCCUGAAGUCCCAAACUGCUUUCAUUAUCUGAAGCUACCAACAGCCGAUUUCCAAUAAACCUUACAUACAUUCCUCCCUUAGAACUCACCAACCUUACCCUUAAACCCCAUGGUCAAGUUCAUCAGUAGUUACACACAUGUAGACGGAUUACAAAAAAAUUUGAUAAAAAAAAUAAAAUGAACAACAACCAACAAACAAUGAAACGCAGGAAACAUGUAGUAUGAUUUGUUCAUGUUAUGCAAUGUUUCAGUGUAGUGUUUUAGCAUGCUGAAUCUCGUUGUAUAUUUAUUUAUUAUUUAAAAUCAGUUAGAAUAGUUGAGUAUGGUUGCUGAAUAAGUCUUGUAGUUUGUCAUAAAAGCAUAAAAUUGUUUAAAAAGAUGCAAUAGAUUUAAAAGGAUUGCAUCUGAUUGCUUUUUAGCAAUGCUGUUGGCAAGGAGCUAGUGAUGCAAAUGUACAAGGAUGUUGUGACAAAGUACAAAAAAAUUUAGAUGUUGGCAUUUCUUUAGAGGUGGAAAAGAUUUUAUUUCACACAUGACAAGAGUUUGAUUUUUCCAUCUUGACAGAAUCUAAAGAAGUGCAUGAUUGUUAUGCAGGAACAAAGCGGAAAUCUUUAUUGUACAGUGUCAAAUGCUUUCAGAAUUAUUUUAUGUUUUCUAUUUUUUCUAUCUUUUCCUUACCUUUCCCCUUUUCCCUCUUCCUUUAAUUAUUCUAGGCUGACGUCUGAGGUCACUGGAAUGGGCACGCUCUAAUUUCUUCCCAUGAUCCUUCACUGCAUCACAUGACCCUUGAGCCAAUGGCAUUGCACCUAAUUUCUUUAUUUAUCUGUACUAUGCUGUCCUGUAUUUUCAGAAAUAAUGACUCAUUUAUAUUCUAUAAUGUGCAAAUAUUUAAGAACUCCCUCCUACUUGACCUUUGUUGUGCUCCUGAUGAUCCUUACUUAUUACCUGUUUCUUUUCAAGUACACUUUACGUUUUUUGACUCUCUAGUACCUCAUGCCACUCACUGGUAUCCUGUUUUGCCAUAGCUUUCACUGUGAAUUCACCUUUUCUAUGUUUUCCAGUUCAUUUUCAAUGAUGUGGUCUGCACUGAUGUAACAAGCCAAUCUGAAAUCAUACAUUUUUACAAUCUCUCAUUAAAGGGAUUGUUUAGCCAAUUGGAGCCAGUGACAGUUCUGUUGUCACUAACUCACCCUCAUGUUUUAAACUCAAAUGACUUUGUUUCAUGGAACACAAAAUUAGAUCAAUCACCAUUAACUUUAAUUGGAAUGGAAAAAAUGUGCAGUUACUGAGGCUAACAGUUUACCUAACAUUUUGUUUUGCGUUCCAUGGAAGAAAAAAAAAGAUAGAAAGUCUUACAGGCCUGAAAAAACAUGAGGGUGUGUAAAUGUCAUCAGAACUAUAACUUUAAAUCACAUUGAAUUUGUCAUUUUUAAGCAGCAGUCCUAUGCUUUAUUGAUUUUUUGAAAACACAGGGCUUUGCUUACCUCGUACCUCAAAACAGAUCAUACAUGAAUAAUGAAACAAAUUGAUGGAGUUGGAAUGUUUGCACCUACGCCUGUAUGUUUUGUUUGCAUCUGUCAUUGUGGCAUGCUGAGUAACACAGCGAAUCCAUUAUUAGCCGCUUGUAUUCACUUUCACAACACAAACGAUGAAAAAACUAAUUAAACAAGCUCACAGCUUUACUGCAUGCUGAGACAUUUAAAUUCAGCCCGCAAUCCGAGUUUAUUUAAAUAAUUUAAUAUAUUACAGCAGAAUUAUUUUUAGAAUAUAUUUAUAAAUGUAUGUGUUUUUGCAGUAGUAUGGCAAAUAGGGGGUUUUAUUCCUUUGGAAGUGAAUACAGAUUUGCCGAUAAUGAAGUCUGCCUUAUACGGUCUCCAUGGUAGCAUUCAGCGACAACGUUUUUUCACACUGCUCUCCAAUCUCUCACGAAAACCAUAUUAGUCAGUCAAACAAAAAAGACAUGCACUAGCAUUGCAUGCAUCAAAUGAGACUUAACGUUGUUCUCCACUGACAGCUUUUGAAACAUGCACACACAGUCGACACAGCUGCCAAGGGUGUAUUUCUGAUACAUGGCAAUACAACAGAAUGCUUUAAAUUGUCCCAAGCCCACCUCAUCUGUAAGGCAGGAUCAUUUGUAUCUUGGGAUCUGGAAUGUUCACGGGUUUAGGCCAGAAUUUAAAGGGACAGUUCCCCUAAAAAUGACAAUUCUGUCACCAUUUACUCACCAUUAUGUUUUUCCAAACCCAUAUGACUUUCUUUAUUCAGUAGAACUUCAGAGGUUGUUGUUAUGCGCAUUGUAAAGCUCUAGGUAUACUUCCAUUUUGACGUGAACGCUCAGCGUCUGCGUACAGUCGAAUUCAAGUCUGUCAAAGUAUACUCCAUAUAACUGUGCACGCAUACACAGGCUACAACUGCUAUAGACACCGGACUUUCUCCUCAUGAGUUUAGACCCAUACAAAUGUCUUUAUAUUCCUUCAGACUCGAGAUAUAUAAAUGUAGUUACCUCCAGACCUCCUCACACACGCUCUCUUGACUUGCACAUCCAUUGUUGUUGUUUUUACCUUCAUCUACUGAUGUUUAGGGGCGAUUACAUCUUCUAGCGUUUCUUUGUGACAGAAACGGCUAAAAAUGUAAGUGUUGCCACCUUGUGCACCACUAAAUAUUGCAAAUAACUGCAGGCGCAUGUGCAUUCUGCUCGUUCAAGGACGCGCGGUUAGGAAAAAUUUCCCUGCGCUUGUUAAGUGCUCACAUUCUUCUGAUGACGAGAUUUGCGUCACACAUCCUGACCGAAGUAUACUUUGGGCUUUAGCCUCAGUCACCUUUCACCUUCAUUUUAUGAAGAAGAAAAAAGAUGCAACGAAAGUGAAUGGUGACUAUGGCUAACAAUCUGCCUAUAAUCUCUUUUCAUGUUCCACAGAAGAAAAGUAAGUCUUACAGGUGUUGAGCAACAUGAGGGUGAAUAAAUUAUGACAGAAUAUUCAUUUUUUUGGUGAACAGUCGUUUUAAGAUGUGCUGGCAGACUAAACACUCUGGUCUGUCUUGCUCUUAAAUAUGAUUGUUUCUUUAUGAUAGUGGUUUAUUUUCAAUUAAAGCCACUGUGUCUUUUAUUAUUGUUGCUUUUACCCAUGCUUCUUGUAUAUGUCGCAUCCUGCUGAAGGCGCCUUACUGGUCUCUAAGUUGUAAGUUGCAAUCAUCUUUUUCUUAAAUGCAAAACUCUAAUUUGAUUGACUUUAGGCUAUAUAUGUUGCAUAUUACGCUGUGGUUUAUUAUAAAUAAGACAGGCUGUUUACACCUAGAUACAUAUAGAGACUCUUUCCUAUACACUAUCCACCUAUUGGCACCUUCAAAUAUAAUUUAUUUUAUUUAUAAUUAGUUUCACGUUUUUUUAAAUGCUAAGUAUGUAACUAGUGGCACCAAGCAAAAAGUGCAAUCUGUUUGUUUGAUCGGCCUGACAAAGCAACAUUGGUUCAACCUAUGCCAUGAGUUUGGGGUGGGACAAACUUUUUUGUCAGAGCAAAGAUAGACUAGUGUUUGAAACUUGUUUGAAAACAGUCAUUUUUGCAGUUCAGUUUGGUGCCACUAGUGGUACAGAAAUACACACUUUCACCACACCAAAAUGUUUGUUUCUUUUUUUUCCGCUAUUGAAGCCCUAUGCUUAGGUUCUGGACAUUUUCCCAGUUUUUUCUGAAGAUUGCAUACCAAUCAGAGGUCAUACUGAUUUACCUUUUUAUCCAAAUCUGAACUUUUUCAGUGGCAGCAAUCAAUAUGUACUUCCUUCUCUACAUUUAACAGUCUAACAAUGUGAUAUUAAGGCUGAAAGUUGAAUGUCACUGCUUCAACAUGUGAUUUGUUAUUGAAUAGACAUUGAUCCUCUAGGUUACGUCUAUGGCCAUUUUCCAAUUGCAUGGUAUUCACUUGAGAAUAUGUAAUGAUGCAUAUAGGAACGAUUUACUGUACUUUCCCAGUCUUAUAACAGGAAAUGCAUUCGCACUGAGGUAAUCAGGUUCUAAGGCAUGCAUUUGCAAGGCAUUAAAGCUGUAUUGUAUAUUUCUAUACUUAGUUUGGUAUUUGUUGAAGCAGUAUCGCACUUCAGCCAAAUCAAAUGAUUAAUCGACCGUUUUUAGUUACGAUUAGCCGAAUUGUAAUCUAUGAGCACAGAACUUUUAUAAUACUGAAAUUUUAACACGUAUGCACAUGGUCAUGUUAUGCCAGCCAGACAUGACCAAAGUAAUGUCAUAUUGUUGCUUUAAAAUGACGAAUUUAUUCUGGAGUUAUACAACACGUUCUCUUGGUGUUUUAGAUUAGGCGUUCAUAUUUUUGUUGUUACAUUUAGCAAAUGUUUUGCACUGCUUUGAAAUGUAAAAUUUGUGUCAGUGUCUUAGACUCUGUUAAACAUUAAGUUAGAUUGUAUGUUUACACAAGACUAUGUCUUGUGAUACUUGUAUGGAAUGUUUUAUUUGAUGUUAUUAUGUUUAGUCCAUAAUGUGCUGUACUCUAGAUCUUUGUACAGAGGCAUAUUAAUAUUCAAAUAGCAGCAUGCAUAACUGUGACAUUUUUCAGUAGCAGAAUGCUUUACCAAUGGAAGCUACUGUUAUUUUUUAUUACUAUUGUUGUUACUAUUCAUUUAUUUCACAAAUGCAAUAAAAUAAAUGUCCGUAUAGGACUGCAGUGACGUGUUUGAAAUGAGGUUAACUGUUUGGUGGAAACAAUGAAAGGCAUUGCAAACCGCUUUUAUAUUUUUUCAUGUUUCAUAUUUGCCUGGCCUAAAGACAUCACGUGAUAUUGUUCUCAUCCAAAUCAUGUGUUUGAUUUGCAUUCAUAACUCUUAAUAACACAUUCAUUCACAAUGUAUACAUCCAAACUCAUUACAUUCAUUUAGUUGGUGCAGUUUUUCAUUGUACUAGAGCAGCAAAAAGAAAAAAAGAUCCCUCUACCUGUUUGUGCUUAUGUAAAUGAUUCUGUUUGAAGAUGUUACAAAGAGUAAUUAUUUUAUGUCAGACUAUUUGCUGCUUGCAGGUCUAUAUUAGAUUCAAAUUACUGCUGAGGCUAGGUUAACUUUGAAAUGUUUUGUAAAAAGAGAGAAUAAAGUUUGUUUUUUUCCCUUGAAUUUGGUUAUGCCUCU